AUGUCAAAUAAAAAUAACACGUAAAUUAAAAUAUCUGUUACUUCAUUUACAUAAGAAAAAUAUAUCACAAAAUAUAUUAUAGCUAUAGAAUGCAGCAAUUAAAAAUGGCAAAUAUAGAAAAGGUAUAAUAAAUAUUCAUCAAUUGAAGAUAUUCAGAAGUUGAAGAAAUCCAUAAUAAAUUACAUUAAUUAUUUAAUGAUCUACCUUAAUUUCCAAAAAAAUAGUUAUUUCAUUUAAAUAGAAGUGAAAUUGAAUUCAGAAUGCAAUAAUUAGAUAAUUAUCUGAAUUAAUUGUUGAAUAGAAAAGAAAUCUUAAACUCAGUUAUUUUUAGAGAUUUUUUAAUAGUAAUAUAUAUGUCAUAAAUAGCUUGAUCAAUAUGAUGAAUUUUUACAUCCAAUUCAAACAUAACACAAGAUUUUAAAUAUGAGUUUGAAAGAUAUACAUGAGAAUGAUAACAUUACUUUAUUAUUACUUUAUGACUCUAGUAUGAUGGCUAGAAUAGAUACUUAUAUAAAUAAUAUUUUGGAAUCAAAAAAACAAUCUCCAAUAAGCACAUUGAUAUGCUUUAGUCAGAAUGAUUUUAAACAAAAACUAUUUAGUAAAGAAUUUUUAAAAGCCUUGACUUGUAUGAAUUUUAAUAAUACAGAAAAUGCCUUUGCUGUAGGGUACAACUAUAAAUUUCUAUUUCAUUAGACUUUCAUCAGGAUUAGUUUAUUAUUAUAGAUUAGAUGAAAAAUAUACAAUUGAUAUGGAAGAAUAAUUUUAGCUUGCCUAAACUAAAAUAUAAGGUUGUGUAUUAAUUUAAAGAGAUAUUUAUGCUAUUACAAGUAAUUUUUUGAAAAUAUAAAAUACUAAAAAAAUAUAAGAAUAAUAAGAAAUUCCAAUUGGUUAACAUGAUUUAACUAAUAUAAUUUACAAUUCCAGCAGAAAUCUUAUAGUUAUUUCUAAUAAUAUUGGAGAAAUCUAUUUAUGUUAAGUACCUUUUGUUAAAAUUGGACUCAAGGUUUCAACUCAUUCUACUCAAAUUAUAUAGUUAUUGAUAGAUAAUGAGAGAAAUUAUUUAAUGGCUUUGAAUUAUGAUCCAAGCCAUAUUAUUAUUUUUGAUUAUGCUAAAGGACUUUAAAAUGGAUUUGCAUAAAUUAAGACUAAUAUUGUAAUAAAAAAUAAGGUAUUAAAUUUACUAAAUAUAGAGCUUAUGUUUUGAAUGGUCUAAGAAAAGGGGAGAGAUAUUCAUAGGGAAUGAAGAUGGUACAAUAUCAAUUUGGUAUGUAUAAGAUUUAUAACCAUUUUGUAAGUUUUAUCAUAAUUAGAUGUAUUUAAGGCUCAUUCUAAAAAAAUAAAUAAGAUUAUUUGGAAUGAAAAUAAAUCAUUUCUCUUGACUGGAAGUGAUGAUGAAUCCUUAAAAAUAUGGUACUUGCCUAAGAAAUGGAGAAUUGGUCAAGCCGACAAUUUCUCAACUUUUUGA